AUGGCGCCAUCAGACAUUAACGUGAACGUGCUUGAGCAAUGUAGAGUCGCUCCACCUCCUGGUUCGGUCUCCUCCAAAUCACUCACACUCACCUUUUUCGACCUGUAUUGGUUACCAUUCCCAGGCGCCUCAGAAUGCCUUUUCUUUUUUGAUUAUCCCCAUUCAACCACCCAUUUCAUGGAGUGUCUCCUUCCUAGCAUUAAACACUCGCUCUCACUCACUCUUGUGCACUUCUACCCUUUGGCCGGAAGUCUGUCAUGGCAACCACUGGAUUCAUGCAAGCCCGCCAUGAUUAACUAUGUUGAUGGUGAAUCUGCCGUUUCGUUAACCAUAGCUGAGUUCAACAAUGGUGGUGAUCACUUUCACCAUCUUUCUGGCAAACUAGUACGAGAAGUGAAUGCAUCACAUCUUCUUGCACCUCCCUUGUCCCCAUCUGGUUCGGUUGUUCCAACCAUGGCACUACAAAUCACCUUAUUCCCCAAUACUGGAAUAUGUCUCGGUAUAACCAUUCACCAUGCAGUCGCUGAUGGCAGAUCAGCUUCACAUUUCAUCAAGUCAUGGGCCUCAAUUUGUAAGGGAGACGCACCUUUGUCCAAGGAGUAUCUCCCAUUUUUUGACAGGUCUGUGAUCAAAGACCCAAAAGGAAUCGAGCAGAUAUACUUGAAGCAGUUAGAAGAAUUCUUCAAGUCUACACCUGCAGAGAAAUUGGAAGUGAUCAAUAAUAUUCCGUCGACAGUUGUAGCACCCAACAUGGUUCGAGCAACGUUUGAUCUGAAUAGAGUCAGCAUUGAAAAACUCAAGGAAUUGGCCCAACGGCCUCGACAUAACAAUAAGGACCAACUUACACCCCUUCAUCCAUCAACUUUUUCUGUGACAGGUGCUUUUGUAUCGAUUUGUUUAAUUAAAGCAGGCUGUAGGUAUGAUAUGUUGAAGCUUCUUGUAGACUGCAGGGCUCGUCUAAAGCCUCCCAUCCCCGUAGUGUACUUUGGUAACUGCGUUAGAGGUUUCGAUGUGGUGGUAGAGGCAUGGCUUUCGGAAUUGUUAUAUCGUUAUUUGUCUGGGCAAAAGCCAAAAAUCAAGCCCAUUGUCCUUGCAGGGUCACCUCGGUUCGGGUUUUAUCAGACCGAUUUUGGUUGGGGGAAGCCAAAGAAAGUGGAACUCAUAUCAAUUGAUGCGACUGGAGCCCUUUUCUUAUCAGAGAGCCGUGAUGGAGACGGUGGGGUUGAGAUUACUUUGACUCUCAAGGAGCAAGAAAUGGAUGCCUUUGCUUCAAUAUUUGUUACUUCUCUUAAUUCUCUUUAA